AUGAAGCAAAAGUUGGCUCAGGGCCCCUACCCUGUGGUGAUUAAAGGUCUGGGAAGCAUCCUUAUCCAUUCUGAUGGUGCUGUUUCCUUCAUGGUGCAUCCUAAGCCUGAUGUUAAUGAGACUCAACAACUGGAGGAGCAGUUGACAGAGUGUCUGGGAAUGGUGAUCUAUAAAGCCCUGGAUUGGGGGAUUGACAACCAUCUGGAGCGAGAGCUGAGUGAAUCACUGGAGAAGCUGAUCUCCCUCCUCCUGAAAUUAGACACUGAGGCAACAAAACCAGCCAUCACUUUCCAGGAUGUCCUCAAGAUCUGUGAGGAGCAUUUGCCCAGGCCCUCUGAGGCUGCCAGCUAUUACAGAACAGUCUGCAGGGCUCUCUUUGCUGAGUACAUAGAUCUUCAGAAACUAAUGCUCACCCUACAGAGCUCCAAAGAGAGUCUACGAAGAAUGGAUAUGGAGGACUUGCUGGAAAAUGACACUCAGAAGGAGAAGGAGAAUUACUGGCAGGCUAGCUUGUGGCACGGUGUCCUCGGGGAGCUGCAGAAUGGUGUGAGGCUGCGCAAGGCCAUGGAGCGACCCCGACGUAGCGUUCCUCCCAAGGAAUACACCCGCUCUCCCUAUGAGCUCUUGACAGAGGACAUCCGAUGCAAGAGGUACACCCUCCGCAAGGUGAAAGCCUCAGAGAGGAAGCUGAAAGAGAACUCCCCCAAAGAACCCAGUCUGCACGACCUGCUCAUGACCGAAAUAAAACAGACACACAAGCUUCGACCGUCUUCCACAGAGACAAAUGGGAGCAGGCACAAAGAUACCUUUGUGAUGCCAAUGUUUUCUUUGAAUUCCCUGUGUGGCAAUAUCUUAUCUGUCCAAAAUGCCAGUACGGGGCUUACAAUUCACAAAGUUAAAAAACAGCUGCUGAUCCCUGACUUGCUGGUCCCAGAAUUUCAGGAAGCAGACGGGGCAUUGAAAUACAACUUGGGAGUCAUCUCACACAGAUCUGUACUGACCUCAUGCAGCACAGAUUGCUCUGCAGACUGCACAUUUACCCCCAAGAGCGUGCCAGUGCGAGGAGACUGUAAAACAAGCAGCUUUCUGAAUCUAAAUCCGCGACAGCCUUUCUGCCGAGGGAGGUCCAAGUCUUUAAGGAGUGCCCUUCAAAUCGAGGAAGAUGAUUACCCCUCUCCUACAAGUUGGCCAUCACCAACCAUUGCUGAACUGAUUGGAAGCAGAUAUGCCGUGAUGUCUGAAAUGGAGGGCUCCCGCCAAAGAGAUGGUUAUAAUAGAUCUUCAAGAGCCAGGGUCUGUUUCAAUUGCCAUAAGCAGAUGGUCUUUCUGUGGCCUUACAGGUGUCAUCUCUGUAGCAGUGUCAUCUGCUGCAAUUGCUGCAUCAAGAUGUCUGUGCCCUCCAGACCAUGUGUGCAUCUUCCGCUUAGCUUAAUAAAACCACUGAGACUCUCCAAGGAGGAGGACUCGGCUACCCAAGACCAGAAAUCCUCACAGUUGUUUUUUGAAGUAGAGCAUUGGGAUUGUUCUAGAGUACCACUAGUGUUUGAACCCUAUUGCCUAGCACAGUCUCUUGCCUCUCAGAGAGAGACCGUGAUGGACUGGCCUUCUAUGGACGUCUGUACCAAAUGUGAGCAAUACCUGUUGCAUGUCCUCUCCAGCCAGCAGCAAUGCAUCCCUCCCAAGAAAAGAUCCAGGUCAUGGACUGAACUGGAAUGACUCCUCUCCAAAUGUCUCCUGUCCUAUUGAGUCCUUUACAUUUUUGUGUUUUUGUUUGUUUUUUUUUCACCUGAAGAAGUGAAUAUAUUAACAUAAAGGCCUGAAUAAAAGACCCCCUGCUGGAUACUCUUGGCUACCCAGAAGGCACAGCUGUUUACUUAUAGUGAAAUAGUGUAAAACAUUGUGGC